AGCUUAACGAGGUUAUCACGGACAGGUAACAUCCAGCUUGUGAGAGCUGCAUUUUGGACGAUAUUCCGAGAAUCUCCCACUGCUAUUGUUCACCAAACACUGGGAGAGACACUGCCAUCUGUUUAGAACCUAGACUGACUGUGUCCACAAAAACAGUGCUCCUAGCAGGGAGAGAGGCUGAGAGGGGAGUAUGCUUGCCUGCUGCCGCAUGGAACGUCAGUUAACGGAGACACGGACGUCCUGCAUUUGGUCUUAGAUUGUGUGUGUAUAAGAAGGGGACACCCUCCACAUGAGGUGUGACAAAGCCAGGAUUGUGUAGUUUACUAGACUUACAACAUCAUGGAUUACACAUGGACUGACAUGGCUAGGAGAAAGACUGCUACAUCCUUCUCUCCUCUGUCGUUACGGAUGCUACUAUUGCUAUGGAUUGUGUACACUGGAUGCUACGGUGAUGUUUUUGUCGCAGAGGAAUGUCUGAAUGCUUUGGGUAUGCAGUCUGGCGCAAUCCCAGAUGAUGCCAUAACAGCUUCUUCAUCAUAUGACAAAGCUCAAGUCGGGCCUGAGAAUGCCAGGAUACGAACAGAAAGAAAGGGCGGUGCCUGGUGUCCUACAUUAGCCAUUACCAAAGAUGUUUACGAGUACUUGCAGAUUGACCUUGGAAAACUAAUGGUCAUUACCAUGGUGGAAACACAAGGUCGAUUUGGAAAUGGAAAGGGUCAGGAAUUUACCAAACUGUUCCUGCUGGAAUACCAGAGAGAAGACACGGGUGGCUGGCUCAGGUUCAGGAACAAGAAGGGUGUAGAGAUAUUCCAGGGUAACGACAACACCUACCAUGCUGUGCUGCAGAACGUACAGCCGCCUAUCAUAGCCAAACGUGUGAGGUUUAUUCCCUACAGCCAGCACCCACGGACAGUGUGUAUGCGAGUGGAACUCUAUGGAUGCACAUGGGAUGAUGGUUUGGUGUCCUACUCCAUGCCACAGGGAGACCGACGGGGUUCUGAAGUUGAUUUGUAUGACUUCACCUACGAUGGAGACGUCAAGAACAAGUACCUCAAGGAUGGCCUUGGUCAGCUAACUGAUGGGGAUGAAGGUCACACUAACUUCCGAUCAGACAAGAAGGGCCUUGGUGUCAAAGGAUUUGAAUGGGUGGGAUGGAAAAAUGACACGACGUCAAUGAAGCCUAUCACCAUUGUUUUCAAGUUUGAACAUGUGCGGAACUUUUCCAAAAUUAUGAUCCACUGCAACAACCUUUACAGCAAGGAAGUCCGGGUGUUCCGGAAAGCAAUCGUCCAUUUCAGUAUAGGCGGAAAAUACUACCCGGGACCUCCUGUCAGAUAUAAUUUUGUGCGGGAUGACUAUUUUGAGGAUGCUCGUCAGGUGAUGAUACGCCUCGAAAACAAAGUGGCAAAAUACAUCAAGAUGGAGCUGUAUUUUGAAGCGCGAUGGAUCAUGAUAAGUGAAGUCAGCUUCGAGUCAGAAAUAGUCACAGGUAACUUCACCCCAGAGACUGCUCCGCCCACAACGCUGGCUCCGUCUACGAUAUCUACGACUCUACAGAGAGACCCCAGUGAGCAAGAUGUGAUUUUCAGGAUUAAUAAUGAAGGCUCCAACACUCCCAAAGUAGAAUAUGGAGAUCGCCCAGCAUCACAGAGCACAGAUACAAUUACGAAAAAGGGAGAAACAGCUGAAUUCGAUGAUGGAUACAUUGGUGUUAUCAUUGGUGCUCUCGCUGCACUGAUUGUCAUUCUUAUCAUAAUCAUCGCUAUUUUCAUCAUUCGGCACAAACGUCGCAAGCACAACAAUAACCGUCGCAACCUCAAACCAGUGGUGGAUCGCCAUGUCACAAUAAACCUGAACGACUUGCGUGGAUCCACAAACGGUAAAAUUUCAAAUGGUAAUAUGUACAACAGCGUGGCAACAGAAGAGGGGGAAUCGGAUCGAGAGACUUAUAGUGCCGCUGACAAACUGGGCAAGCCGGUCUACCUGGAACCCAAAGACACGAUUCAGGGGAGAGAACUCCCUGAGCUACCCGCGAGUCCUGAAUCUGGUGAUUCUAGAGACUAUGCUGUACCUGACAUUACCAAGUCUGCACUGGUUGUCAAUCUGCCGCCACGACCUCCACGACCUCCGAUGUUACUUCCUGCCAUGAAUGGCAGUCUUGACAAACCUCCCAACUAUGACGCUCUCUAUGCUGCAGCUGAUAUUGUCAAUGUCCACGGCCCCAACAUUCCAAGUUUACAAGGCGUCAGUGGAAACAACGUCUACGCAGUACCAAAUGCUGACCUUCUUUUAAGCAUUGACUAUUCUGUGAUGGAAUUCCCAAGAGAAAAUCUCCGCUUUGUGGAGGUGCUUGGGGAAGGACAAUUUGGUGAGGUCCAUUUAUGUGAGGCUCUGCGUAUCAACGACAUCCUUGGUGAUGACUACACCAUGAGCAGGAACAACCCAAGGUCGAUGCUGGUAGCGGUGAAGAUGCUGAGGCCGAAUGCUGAUGACAGGGCCAGAUCUGACUUCCACAAAGAGAUUAAGAUAAUGUCGCAGCUGAAAGACCCCAAUAUAGUGCAUGUACUGGGUGUGUGUACACGAGAAGAACCACUCUGUAUGAUUGUAGAAUACAUGAAAUAUGGCGACCUCAACCAAUUCCUUAUUGAUCAUGUUCCUGAAAGUCCAGUUGCCGAGGCAACCAAUGCCAAGACACUCAGCUAUGGCUGCUUGAUCUUCAUUUCAUCUCAAAUCGCCUCUGGCAUGAAGUACCUGGAAUCUCUGAACAUGGUGCAUCGAGACCUGGCCACACGAAACUGCCUUGUUGGGACGAACUACACAAUAAAAAUCUCUGACUUUGGCAUGAGCAGAUCUCUGUACAGUGCUGACUAUUACAGGAUUGAGGGCAGGGCAGUGCUGCCAAUACGCUGGAUGGCUUGGGAAAGCAUUCUCCUGGGAAAGUUCACAUCAAAGAGCGAUGUGUGGUCAUUUGCUGUGACACUAUGGGAAGUCCUUACAUUUGCCAAGGACCAACCAUUUGAUGUACUGACUGACGAGCAAGUUAUUGAAAAUGCUGGCCAUUACUACCGGAACGAUAACCUUCAGGUGUAUUUGCCACAACCUCCAAACUGUCCAAAAGAAAUUUAUGAUCUAAUGCGAGAGUGCUGGAACCGUCAGGAAAGUGAGCGCCCCUCCUUCAGGGAAAUCCAUAUGUUCCUCCAGAGGAAAAACAUGGGCUACAAUCCAAAAGACGAAAAACUCAGCCAAAUAACUGUACCAGUAUGUUGAUGUCCCAGAAUUCCUGUGACAGGAAGUGUGUGGUCCGCGCGACGAGCUAGUCAGACAGAAACACAUAUCACAUGACUUUGAGAGAGAUCAAGUCCUGUUCUCGUUGCCAUACUCCAUGGUUGUGCACUUGCUUCCCUUCCUGAGCUGGAGAGCUCCAAUCAAGGGAGGCAACAGCCUUUAGGGUGCUAUAAUUUUCAGAGUGUGAAUAACUGUGUCGUUUGUGAAACCAAAGGUGUAUAAGGUACACUGUGAACAAAGAUGGCCGUGGUACAAUGUAUAGUAUCCAUGGUUACGGAGAACUCAGUGUGGCUAUUUUUUGACAUUAGUGAAACAUGUGUAGCAAUGUAGCCAGCCCUGGGACUAAGUCACAAGAUGAGUGCAGGGGUAGAUUCAUUAUUUUGUGUUUGAAGGGCGACUUUGGAAGAGAAUACCGAUGAACAAUGGUUGUUACAGUGUGAUUGGAUUGACUCACUCCAAGGGGUCAAAUCAGACCUAUGAUUUCACAAAAUGAUUACACUGCUCAAAAGUGACAAAAUACGGUUACAAUGGACAAGAUUCCAUGACCUUUUUAAUUCAUGUGUUUGCUAGGACACAAGAUAUAUGUCCCAUUCUUGGAAGACUUGUAUUUUCAUUUCAAGAUUCUGUUCGUAGAGCAGUGUGUUUAGAUAAUCUUCGACAAGAUACUUGAGGAUUUCUACGCGUCCCUGUUGGAUAGUUUGGGAGACAAUGAAAUACAACUCAAGUUUGUCGGACGUCUACACAGAAUCCCAAAGACAAUUCAAGCCAUGAUAUAGUAUAUAAAAUACUUGUACGGGACACUUCAUCCCUCUAUCAGCAUGUUAGAGGGGAGUGUAUAGAAUUUUGUACUUAUUUUUGUUUAAAUACAUGUAAAAUCAUGUCAAGAGAAACUAUUAUAGCCAUGCUUUAGUCUGAGACUCAAACAUAUUAGGCUGUCUCUCCUCAUUCAUUCAAUCUUCCAGAAAUCAGAAGCAUCACUCAAUUUGGUUUACCUAAAUAUGAAAUAUUUAUUAACAAAUAUUUUAUACCUUCUAUUCUGAAAGAACAUAGGGUUAUUAAUCAAGGAUUUAAAUGUAUAAUGAUAGCUCAGUGCCUGUGAUUAAAGAAGAUGAUUCAUGUUAAUAUACCUGUAGAUACUGGAAAUCAUUCCACAAGUUUGACAAACCAUUUUGCACCCUUAGCCUGUUCUGUAGGUCACAUUAUUUAUUCUAAUUGUAAAUCUUGACAUGAAACGUAGAAAUGAUACAACCCAGAUGUUUUCUGACCGACAAGAUAACAACUAGUCUAUGAAUAUUUUAAUACUUACCGUAUUCAACGGAAUAAGCGCCCCGCCCACGGCGAUAUUUGCUAAUAUAUUGGCAAGUGAAGAAACCCAAUUAGAACCCCUUCCAACUGAUCAAUGUACACAAGACUUAUUUAUUCGCGUAUAAUACACACUCGUGUGUUAUAUGCACCCUUAAUUAUGGGCAAUUUAAUUCUGGAAAAAUAUAUCUGUCGUACAUAAACAUUUCAGG